GAAUGGACAUGCAGGCCGUGCUUAUAGCCGUGUGUCUCCUACUCGUCUCGCCUAUUACAGGACACUGGUGGGCCGUGGGCAGUCACGUGGUGAUGGACCCGACGCUCAUCUGCAAGAAGACUCGUCGGUUACGAGGCAGACUCGCAGAUAUAUGUAAGAAAGAGCCAGCUCUCCUCAAGGAAAUAUCAAAAGGUGUGUCACUCGGCACCAAGGAGUGCCAGUACCAGUUCCGGAACCGACGCUGGAACUGUACGACAGUGCACAGAAGCCUGCGUAAAAUUCUCAUGAGAGACACCCGAGAGACCGGCUUCGUGAACGCAAUCACGGCAGCAGGUGUCACGUUUGCUGUGACCCGAGCUUGCACGAUGGGAGAUUUGAUAGAGUGCAGCUGUGAAAAGUCUACUAAAGGCAGGAGUCGGUUGAGUCCCUUCUCUGACCACAGCGCAGCCACUGGUACAGCUGCAGCGUCCGCAGUGGACGGAGACUGGGUCUGGGGCGGUUGCGGCGACAACGUGAACUUUGGUUAUCGGAAAUCAAAGGACUUCAUGGACGCCCCGUAUCGUCGUAGAAGCGACAUAAAAACGCUCGUGAAACUCCACAAUAACAAUGCUGGACGCCUGGCAGUGAAGAAUUUCAUGAGGACGGACUGCAAGUGCCAUGGCCUCUCCGGAUCCUGCGCAAUGCGCACUUGCUGGCGCAAGAUGCCUCCUUUCCGUGACGUAGGUAACCGGCUCAAGGAGCGGUUCGACGGUGCAGCUAAAGUUAUCCCGAGCAACGACGGCCGCAGUUUCAUACCCGAAGGCGACACCAUAAAGCCUCCAGACCGCGGUGACCUCGUCUACUCCGAAGACUCUCCCGAUUUUUGCAAACCGAAUCGAAAAACAGGUUCCCUGGGGACGCAAGGACGCCAGUGCAAUGCGACUUCCCCUGGUGUGGAAGGAUGUGAGCUGUUGUGCUGUGGCCGUGGUUACGAUACACGUCAGGUCCGCCAGAAGACGAACUGUAGAUGUCGCUUUAAAUGGUGCUGCGAGGUAACAUGUGACACUUGCAGUUUCAAGACGGCAAUCAACACUUGUCGCUAGUAGUGGAGGCUGCAGUAGGCACUGUUUCUUAUUGCACAACGGUAUGUAUAAUUUCGAAAGAACCCACAGUGCCGGAGGUCUAUAUUUUCAGAAUGAAUCGUAGGAACCGAGAGAAAUUGGCCUUGUGGCUGUUAACGCUUCUCAUGCUUUGCUGAAGACAGGGUGAUUAGGCAAUCAAGACAGGAAACUUCUGAAUCCCGAGCAUUACGAGUAUAACAGAGGUUUAAUGUUAGCACAAAAUUAAGCAGUUAAUGCUCUAAUGUAAGUUCUGUUUAAUAAAUAUUAUUUUGCGGAAAAUCGUUCUACUCUCUAUAUGUACCGAAUGAGUAUUGAGGAAAAGGAACUUAUUCACGUCGGCAUUGCAGUUCAUUUUCUUUGACGAAUAUACCUGCAUCUUUCUUUGACGUAGCAACACAACCUAAAGUUAUUUUGUUACUAACUUAUUAAAUCAUUUUUUUAAUAUGGUCAAAAUUCAUUAAAGUAUUUCUUAAAGAUUUAUGAAUUGCUUAGACGCGGAUUUAGGCAGGAUGUGACGUAAAGACCACGGAAAAUAUCCUAACACUCGAAGAAAGCAGUCUUCUGAGAUGUGGCAUCGUAUAGAUGUGGUGUUAGCCGACGUUUUGGAGGAAAGU